GGGCAGGUUUGGUUUCCUUGAAUUCCGUGUUGGGGGCCUGUGGGUGGCAUAUAAAUCCUCACUUUGGGCACCUGGCCCUUGCUUUCCGUCCUGAGUCUCUCUCUACCAUCAGGUCUGCAUUGCUGGAAGAGUCCUGGGGCCUCUGUGAGUCUCUGCACUUGAGGGGAACCUCCUGUGAAGUGUCAGACUGAGACUUUCCAGGCUCCUCGCCCCAGAUCCAAGAUGUCCAGUCCUCUGGAGCAGGCGCUGGCUGUGAUGGUCACCACCUUCCACAAGUACUCUGGCCAAGAGGGAGACAAGUUCAAGCUGAGUAAAGGGGAGAUGAAGGAACUUCUACACAAGGAGCUGCCCAGCUUUGUGGGGGAGAAGGUGGACGAGGAGGGCCUGAAGAAGCUGAUGGGUGAUCUGGAUGAGAACAGCGACCAGGAGGUGGACUUCCAGGAGUACGCUGUUUUCCUGGCCCUCAUCACUAUCAUGUGCAAUGACUUCUUCCAGGGCGCCCCAGGGCGGUCCUGAUGCAGCACGCUCGCCUCCCUCCCGCGGGCCUCGGGGGCCCAGGAGGACUCUCUGUAGUUAGUUUUAUACUCAAUAAACUUUUUCACUUGUUGAAAA